GAACCUGAAGAACUUGCUAUUAGUAAUGGUGCGCUAUAUAUGGUUGCUGCAACUGAUGAUGCAUUAUACAAUAAUAUCCAAGGCGAUUUUGUAGUUAAUGAUGUCCUAUAUAAUAGCCAAAAUGAAUUUGAUGUUAUUAAUGAUUUUUUACAUGGAAUUGAUCAGGAUAAAUAUGAAAACGGCAAUAUGAUGAACUUUGAAGGUGCUCAACACGAGUCAACAGUGGUAUAUAAUGAUUGGCAUCAAACAAUUAGCGAAGCUGUUCCGCAUAUUAUGUUCACUGAUGCUGACCCUGUUCUGAUUGCUGCAAUACGAGAUGAGUUUCCAACAGUCAAUGCUCUUCAUUGCAUGUUUCAUAUUGCUCAAAAUAUUCCACUCAAUUUGAAAAAUAGUCUUAAAGACCGUUAUAAUGAGUUUAUUAAGGACUUUUUUGAAGAUAAAAAGACAGAAUACGCAUUAUUUCGUGCAUCAAUUCCUAAAACUGUUCUUGUCGCAAUGGCCAAUACUAUCCUUCCAAAU